AGGAGGGAGCAGGCGGCCGGCGGCGCGGGGGGAGGGGGGCCCGGUCCGGGAGUGCGGGAGGCUGUGGUGGAGGGAGGUGGCGGCAGCGGCUAGCGGACUGGAGUUCCAGCCCGGCCGAAGCGUACACUUCUGCGAAGCGAGGCCGUAGGAGCAGCGAGCACCAGAGGCGGCACUGGGAUCCCCGGCUCAGGGGAAGGGGGCACCGGGCCGGGAGGUGGGGAGGGGGCGAUGCUGGAAGCCAUGGCGGAGCCCAGUCCCGAAGAUCCACCUCCGACUCUUAAGCCAGAGACUCAGCCGCCAGAAAAACGUAGGAGAACAAUUGAGGAUUUCAACAAGUUCUGCAGUUUUGUCUUGGCCUAUGCUGGUUACAUCCCCCCUAGCAAGGAGGAAAGUGACUGGCCAGCCUCAGGCUCUAGCUCUCCCUUGCGAGGUGAGAGUGCAGCAGACAGUGAUGGCUGGGACUCAGCCCCCUCAGAUCUUCGAACAAUCCAGACCUUUGUUAAGAAAGCAAAGUCAUCCAAAAGAAGGGCAGCUCAAGCAGCUCCCAAUCAGCCAGGACCCCCAAGGUCCACUUUCUCUCGUCUGCAGGCUCCUGACAGUGCCACCCUACUUGAGAAGAUGAAGCUCAAGGACUCUCUCUUCGAUCUGGAUGGGCCCAAAGUGGCAUCUCCACUGGCACCCUCAUCCCUCACACAUACCUCCCGGCCCCCUGCUGCUCUCACCCCAGUGCCCCUUUCCCAGGGGGAUCUCUCCCAGCCUCCUCGAAAGAAGGACCGAAAGAACAGAAAAUUGGGGCCAGGAGGUGGGUCUGGCUUUGGGGUGCUUCGGAGGCCUCGGCCAGCUCCGGGGGAUGGGGAAAAGAGGUCUCGAAUCAAGAAGAGCAAGAAACGGAAGUUGAAAAAGGCAGAGCGAGGGGAUAGACUCCCACCUCCUGGUCCUCCCCGAGCACCCCCAAGUGACACAGACUCUGAAGAGGAGGAGGAGGAGGAAGAGGAGGAUGAGGAGGAGGAUGAAGAAAUGGCAGCAGUGGUAGGGGGUGAAGCCCCAGCCCCUGUGCUCCCAACACCCCCUGAAGCCCCUAGGCCCCCUGCCACUGUGCACCCUGAAGGAGCUCCCCCCACUGACAGUGAAGGCAAGGAGGUAGGCAGCACUGAAACAAGCCAAGAUGGUGAUGCCAGCUCCAGUGAAGGCGAGAUGCGGGUCAUGGAUGAAGACAUCAUGGUAGAAUCAGGUGAUGACUCAUGGGAUCUGAUCACGUGUUACUGCCGAAAGCCCUUUGCAGGAAGGCCCAUGAUUGAAUGCAGCCUUUGUGGCACUUGGAUCCACCUCUCCUGUGCUAAGAUUAAGAAAACCAAUGUCCCUGACUUCUUUUAUUGCCAGAAAUGCAAGGAACUCCGGCCAGAGGCCCGGCGGUUAGGAGGGCUCCCCAAAUCUGGAGAGCCCUGACAUGACCAUCUUGGGCUGGAACUCUGAAUGACAACAUGACUUGGGAACUGAGCCUCGGGGUCCUCAGCCUAUUCCCUGGAGCUUGGAUAUUGUGACUUCAAGGCAGGAAUUUCCAAAGGAGACUUGUUUGGAAUUGUCUUCAUUCCUACCCUAGCCUUCCUGCUCCAUGGGCUUGAAAUUGGACUCUUUCGGAGUCAGCUGGGGGGUUAGGAGGGGACUGUCUGAAUCUGUGGACACAAUCUGUCCCUUAGACCUGUUAUCCCUCACUUUCUGGGCCAGGGUUCUAAUUGGAGUGGAACAAUUGUCUACAAAACUAGUGUAAAUAUAGCACUCCCCUCCCUCAUCUUCUAUUUCACUUUCCAGUUAUUUUCUUCUACACCGGUUGUAUUUUUGAUUUUGGACUUCCCCUUUUGAGCAUGGCAGCUCAAAGGUGAAGUACCAGAGCCAUGCCGAGUGAGGAAGGAAAGCAGAAAGGUGAUGAUUAUCACUCACCUCUUGUUUUUAAUAAUAUUGGCCAGCUGUUUGUACAGCCUACAUGUUGUAAAUAAAGCAGAGUGGGCUCUUUUGUGUUCAUAGCCCUCA